CAGGUGUAGCAAAAGGAACAGUUGAACAAGAGCAUUGUUAUGCAGGAGCAGCUCAUCUAACCCACACGAUCUCUCCUACAUAUACCAGCACUACCUGUAAGAUUUACAACAAUUCAAAUUUCAUUUCCAAUCCACAUAUUCCAAAUGGCUGAGGAGUUCGAGAUGCCCGAGUUCAAUCCAAGGGAACGAGUGAGGCAGCAGAUUUCUGUUCCAUUUCUCUGGGAGGUGAAGCCUGGAGCUCCAAAAAGGGAUUGGGUUAUUUCCAAGCCAGUGUCAUCAGUCUUCUCAUGUCCAUCACCGGCAAAGCUUGUUGUCAGUGUGCCAUUCCAGUGGGAAGAAAAGCCUGGGAAGCCUCUACAAGAAGCAUCACCUCUUCAUGUGCAGUCUGAUCAUGCCAGCUUUUCAGUAUCUUCAUACUCACUGAAUCCGUUUGUGGCCGAAGGCGAGGAAGAGUACUCACUGGGGUUUGAUCUGGAAGCGUUUGGGUUUCCUGACGAUAAGAAAGCACCUGGUACUGCAGAAUUCACAGAUGAAUCUGGUCGACAUGGCAACUGGUACUCAUUUUCAGACUCAGAAGACUACAACAACUCCAGUGGAGAUACUUCAGCCCGAGAGUUUCAGUUCCCCCGGGCACCGUCGGAGCAAAGCUGGGAGGUGGCCAAUGAUGAUGAUCAGCUCACCAACCUGUGGAGCCCUCCGAGGAGUGCGUUUACACUGGAGGAGCUCAUGAUGCUGAGCCGCAAACUGGGCUUUGUUGAACAAGAGUUCCCGGUUGAUGUCAGGAAGAAGAGCCUCUCCUCACUGUCCUCAGUGGAACUCAUCAAGAAGUUUUUAAUUGUGUGUUCUUAACCUGCGCGGCUUCGUCGUUGUAGCACAGCACAUGGGCAACCUGUACCAUGUGCAUGUGAGUGAGAUCCCCCAUAAUUGAAGAGGUUUCAUUAGGGCUUGCUCGGAGGUAUAUGAAGCCCAGCUGUCUCCUGUGCCCUGGUGUUGUCCUGUUGCGUUUUCCGGAAGAAUCUUGUACCCUUUUCCAGUGUUGUUUUAAGACAAAACAAACACUGGAUUUUUCUGUGUAUCAUCAGUCUUCUGUUACUUCGUUAUGUAUGGAUCUUCUUUUUCGUCUGUGUAAAUGUUUCUCUUCGCUGGAGCAACAAAGAAUUUGCUGAGGAGCCCUUUACAAAAAGCUCAAACCGUCAUUUUUUUCUUCUUCCAAAGAUAAUGUACAUGAUGGUGAGAAAAGGAAGAAGUUUACAAAAAACUCAAA